UGAAGGGGACGGACAGAAGGUCGAGGUGGUUGAAUACCUCUCCAGAAUGCUGUGUGGACAAACUGUGAGCAUGACACUGAAGGUGCCCUACAAUGAAGUGUCACUGCCCCUCCAAGUGGACAUCUACACAGAGCAGCAGGGCUCCCUGGAGGCUCUUUUGGUGUUGGCUGAGCCUCUCGGCGUGGAGCAGUGCAGCCCACAGGGGCAAGGGCCUGUGGAAGGCGAGAGAAAACCAACGAGCACUGAAGGCCGGAUCCAAGUGAGAGAAUUGCCACGCUUCUUUGAUAGCGUGGCGGUUCACGCUCUUAAAGCGGAGGACUCAGGAGAGGGGAAGGGUGCAGCUCUGGGCGCUCUUGGCGAAUGGAGGGAGGAGGAAGAUGAUGAAGAUGUGGCAGCUUCGGAGGGGCCGGGGGGUAGCGGUGACCAAGAUAAGCAGGAGGAAGAUGUCACGUGGGAUGAGCCCCUGGUGCCCUACAAUGAAGCGUCACUGCCCCUCCAAGUGGACAUCUACACAGAGCAGCAGGGCUCCCUGGAGGCUCUUUUGGUGUUGGCUGAGCCUCUCGGCGGGGAGCAGUGCAGCCCACAGGGGCAAGGGCCCGUGGAAGGCGAGAGAAAACCAACGAGCACUGAAGGCCGGAUCCAAGUGAGAGAAUUGCCACGCUUCUUUGAUAGCGUGGCGGUUCACGCUCUUAAAGCGGAGGACUCAGGAGAGGGGAAGGGUGCAGCUCUGGGCGCUCUUGGCGAAUGGAGGGAGGAGGAAGAUGAUGAAGAUGUGGCAGCUACGGAGGGGCCGGGGGGUUGCGGUGACCAAGAUGAGCAGGAGGAAGAUGUCACGUGGGAUGAGCCCCUGGUGUUCACGCUGCAGAAAAGGCCAACCAGGUUUAGUUUUAUGAUGCUGCCACCCCCAGGACAAUAUUACCCAGUUUCGGUCACCCAUUUGGAACUUCCCAAUCAGGUGUACAUCCGCCUGUCUGCCAGCUCCCCGCCAACACCGCUUUUGGAGGGCCGAGAGGAUGAGCAAGGCCUCAACCCCAAGCUGAUCGCCGCUUUAAUUAAAAUCCACACAUCACCGGUUUGCCUUUCUCCACUAAAGGAUUUUAAUGUCGGCUCGCUCUGCAUGGCGCCAUUCAGCGAAGACGGCCGCUGGUGCCGGGCUCGCGUCAAGGGCGGCCCCCGCACGCUCACUGACGGCGAUGGCGUCCUGCUGGUGGAGUACGUGGACUUUGGCAGCUGCUACGAGCAUCGCCCCAGCGAAUUGCGAGCCAUCCCGGUAGAGCUGCUGGAGUUUCCGGUGCAGACAGUGCAGGUGCGCCUCUGGGGGCUAAGCCCACCCCCCUGCGUGGACCCUGCUUCCGCUGCUGCUGCUGCCGGGGAGAGGCUCCCCUAUGGGCCCGAGUGGCCCCACUGCACCUUGAUAGCAGUUCGCAGCUGCGUGGAUGGUGUGCCGCUGGUGGCCAGCACAGUGACGGAUGCACGAGGGCCGUGCGUGGCGCUGUACCAUGCUGCGGACCCAGGCGGCCCCCUGGUCUACCAUCACAUCCCAGCAGAAGGUCUGGCUCAGUGGGAGGUGGGCACUGAGGAAGCGCGGCCGCCAACACACGGAUAAGCAAGUGCCGGAUAUCCUGCAAGCUCCCAGUGCCGGAUCGUUUUCACAGACAGAGAAUACUCGUAUUUCUCCAAUGCUGCGGCUGCACUUCUGGGCUUGCUGUUGCUGUUCUUCCUGCUGGUACUCACACUGGUGCUGUGCCGACGACGAUGCUUCCACGCCGUCCAGUCCCAGCGCCACUUGAAUGAAAACAGCCUCACUAUAUGGAGCAUUCAGCCGUGCACUCACCUGACGUUGAGAUCAUCGGUGAGGAGUACACUGCCACAAUGGAGGACUGAAAAAAUGUGUACACUCAGAACGACAAAGCAUCUGCGUUCAAUCAUUAUUUGCUUAGUUCAGUGGUUCUUAAACUUUACUGCAGCCUUGCCUGCACCCCUUUGGUUCUCAAUCAUAGAAACAUAUAUAAUGUUAAUAAAUACAUUGGUUUGAUGAAACAAAGUAGUUGUACUUACGUGCCCGUGGUUAAUUUGUAUUUCGAUGAUUUACCUUCUAAAAAAUUAUGGCCAUGUCUCGCACCCCCAGAAAUGACAUCUCGCACCCCCAGGGGGGUGCGUCCACCCCAGGUUAAGAACCACUGCCUUUGUUCAAGGCCAUCGCUUAUAUACAAUGUCUUAUAAAACGUGAUGGUCCAGAUAUUCAUUCAAAUCUUCAGAUUCGUAGAGUUCAGUUUUGCUUAUAAAAUAGCAAUUUACUGACAUCUUUCCCAAACUCUUGGAGUUCCUCGAUCCCAAAGUUUGUCAUGAAAAGUAAAUCACUACCAAUUCUAUUCAUCGAAAUUCAAUCCAUUUUGUUUGCAUAUAAUGUUGAAUAAUGAUUUUCUAUCAUUAUGCGCAGUUAUUAGAUGUUUAUUUGCAAUUGUAAUUGAAUGUAAUUUUAUGAGAAACUGUAUAUCUACAGUUUGACGAUGUUGUGGAAUAAGAGCACUUGCCACCAUCCGUGAGUUUACCUUCUGACUGAAAAUAGGCAACUUGAAAACCACAAGUGUCCAUCACUAUACACCGCAAUACUGCACUGUAUGUCACUGUUUUGGAGACAUAAUAUUUUCCAUCAAAUAUAAGUGUGAAAAACAUUUAAAGAACACACACUUUAAAAAAUCCAAAGUCAAAAUGAUAUUCAUAAUACGUUUUCAUUUAAGGAAAUAAAA